AUGGCGCACUAUCCGCAGCCGUCGUCGCUGGAGGCGGCGCUGCCGCUGCUCAGCCGGCCGGACCUGCGGCUGCGGCAGCUGCUCGGCGAGCAGCUCGUCGCGCUCGUUCGCCGCGAGCCGGAGAUCACGCAUGAUCUCGCUGCGCAGCUUGUAGACGCGCUUAUCACUUGGCUGAACGGCGGUAACUUUAAGAUUGCGCAGAACGGGCUUGAGGUGCUGGCAGCACUGGCGGAGCGCAUGGGACCAGAAUUCUCAAACUUUGUGCCUACAGUCUUACCUCACAUAAUCGACAGGCUAGCGGACACGAAGGAGUGCGUGCGCGCGGCGGCUCGCACGUGCGUGUCGGCGCUGGGCGAGAGCCGGGCGGCGGCGCCGCGCACGCUGCUGGCGCGCCUCACGCCCGCGCUGCAGCACAAGGCGGCGCACACGCGCGAGGAGGCGCUGCGCUGCAUCGGCGCGCUGCUGCACACGCACGGUGCUGCGGAGCUGCAACUGCGCGGCGCGGUACCGAACCUGGCUGCGCUAGUGGGCGAUCCCAGCAGCGCCGUGCGUGACGCUGCGAUGCAGCUGCUGCUCGACGUCUACCGGCACGUCGGCGAACGACUACGACAAGAUUUGAAAAAGAAGGAACUUCUACCGGCGCAGAAGCUGGCAUUACUCGAACAGAAAUUUGACGAAGCAAGGGAGGCUGGACUUUUGUUACCGACUGCGAACCAAGGCGUGGACGAGGCGGACUUCGUGUGGCGCACGGUGAAGAAGACCAUGAGCAUCCCCACGUCGGCGCGCCGCGACGCCGACAGCUCGGGCGCCUCCACGCCCGCGUGUGAACCACCAAAGAAGACUGUUGCAGGCUUGUAUAGCAUGCCAUCGGCCAACAGGAAACCCCCACCGCCUGCAAAAUUACCUAGUGCUGGAGUAGUGUCGGGCGUGGGUGGCGGAUUGGGCGAGGCAGGCGCGGUGUCGAGCGAGGCGUUCGAGGCGGCGUUCGCGUCGUGCGCGCCCGCCGCGGUGUACGGCGCGCGCGGCCUCGACGACCUGUGCCGCCACGCCGCCGCGCUGCUCGGCGACCGCGCCGCCGACUGGGAGCGCCGCGUCGACGCGUUAAAGAAAAUUCGUUCGCUUCUGGCCGCGAACGCUCACGUUCAGUACCCGACGGAGUUCGCAGCUCAUCUCAAAGACCUUUCAGUGCCUUUUCUAGUCGUGAUCAAAGAUCUGAGGAGCCAGGUUUUCCGAGAAGCGUGUAUAACUAUAGCUCACAUGGCCAAAGUAUUGAAGAAUAAACUUGAGCAGUUCAGUCUGUACAUAUUGCAGGAGCUCAUCAACUUAAUACAGAAUGCAGCUAAGGUGGUGUCCUCAGCGGGUACGGUAUGCGUACGUUACAUCGUGACUUACGUGCACUCGCCCCGUCUCAUUCCAGUCAUAGCCACGAAUCUUACUACCAACAAGUCCAAGGAGAUCCGAUCUACGCUCAGCGAGGUGCUGGUGCUGGUGCUGGAGCGGUGGAGCGGCGGCGCGCUGGAGAAGCAGCAGGCGGCCGUGCGCGACGCCAUCCGCCGCGCCUGCGCCGACGCCGACAGUGUCGCCCGCACCAACGCGCGCAGAGCGUAUUGGGCAUACAAACGUCACUUCCCAGAGGAUGCGGAGCAACUGUUCGCUCGUCUGGACCCCGGAGCACAAAAGCAGAUCGAACGUGAGAGGAUCGGCAGUGUGGAUAGCUUGCAACAUAUCGGCACGGAAAGGAGAGCACUAACCAGUCCGAGAAGUCCGUCGGCGAGCGUUUCAGCUUCAACGGAAAACCUUGUAUCCGGUGUGAGUAGGAGCAACUCACUUCGACGACGCCGCGCUUCACAAGAGAGGCCUCCGAUAUCACACAUUCCUGUAGCAAUGAGAGAGCGGUCCCCCAGCGGGUCGGGCGGUGCGGGCGGCGCGGGCGCGGCGCGCAGCGUGUCGGCGCUGGACGCGGCGGCGGCGCAGCGCGCCCGCGCGCGCGCGCUCUACUCGCAUAUGACGCGCGCCAAGCUCACCGCCGGCACCGCCAGCCUGCCGCGUGCCAAGAGGUCGCCAGUGAGUGCGGCGGUGCCUCCUAGCCCAGAGCGAAGCGUCACCCGUUCACGUUCACGUCCAGGAGUCUCGCAGUCGCAACCGACGUCGCGGUCGUCGUCGCCGUCGUCGCGCAGCGGGCCGCUGUCGCUGUCGACGCGGCGCCGCCCGUCCGGCAUCCCGCGCUCGCUGGCCGGCAGCCGCGAGACCAGCCCCACCAGGAGCGGUCGGUCGAACAGCGUGGUGGGCGCGGGCGGCGUGCGGCGGCGCGAGUCGGCGGAGCGCAGCGCGCGCGCGCCCGCCGCCACGCUGCGCCUGCUGCAGCAGUCCAGGGACGCGGAGGCCACGCUGCGGAGCCCUGACGACAGUUCAGCGUGUGAUGAUCGUCGUCGGGACGAUGAUUCUGAAGCUUCCAGUGUUUGCUCAGAAAGGAGCUUAGACUCUUACAGAAGGCAUGACAGCGCGUCGUGGGCGCGACUGGGGUGGGAGGGCUCGCCACCGCCGCCCCCGCCGCCGCCGCCGGCCGACGAGAUCAUCGCGCUGUGCGCCUGCACGCACUGGACCGAGCGCAAGGACGGCCUCACCCACCUCGCAAACUAUCUGAACAGCGGACGUCUUUUAACGGAGGACCAACUCCGGCGUUUGACCGAGCUGCUCAACAAGAUGUUUGUGGACGCGCACACGAAAGUGUUCUCGUUAUUGUUGGAUGCAGUGUGCGAGCUCCUACUUGUACACUGCCACCAGUUGAAGGACUGGCUUUAUCAGUUAAUGUUUAGACUGUUAAUGAAACUUGGGACGGAUAUUUUAGGCUCCGUACAGAGCAAGAUCAUGAAGACGCUGGAUGUCAUACACGAAUACUUUCCCGCUGAGUUACAAUUACAUAAUAUAUUUAGGUUCCUGGCGGACGGCGCGGCGGCGCCCACCGGCAAGAGCAAGGCGGCGGCGCUGCGCUUCCUGGCGGACCUGGCGCACGACUACUGCACGCCCAACAGCCUGGCCGUCGCGCUGCACGGUGGAGGUAGCGGUGCAGCCGGUCGAGCGCUGUGCAAGGUGGCGGCGCUGGCGGGCGAGCCGCGCGCCGCCGACCUGCGCACCGCCGCGCGCCGCGCGCUCGCCGCGCUCUACGAUUGCAACCCCGUGCCCUUUACAGCGCUAAUGAGCGAGCUGCCAGCGGAAACGCAAGCCAUCGUGAACAGUGUGGUCCAGCAGCAUGUCCGGAGAACCUCUAGCACCGGCAGCGACAGCCCGCUGCGCAGCGUGAGCGGCAACAGCGCGGCGGGCGGCGCGGCGGGCGGCGAGGACGUGUACUCGCGCAUCCGCAAGACCACCUCCGAGAUACACUCCUACACCGCGCAGCACGCCAACGCGGAAUGCGGUAACCACAUGUCGAGCAAGGACUCUGGCAUCAGUCAGAUGUCCGACGCGACGCUGUCCAACAAAGCACACAACGGCGUUCCCAACGGACACUACAAUGCCGAGGUGAUAGCCCGCGCGGCGUCGGCAGAUAGUUCUGAAGAGACGGGCAGCACCAAGGAAUCUUCGCCAGUUCCCGGCCACGGCCGGCUGGAUUUCCAGCAUCCACAUGGGGAAUAUAAUUCGAAUAAUUUGGGCCGGGAUAAGAUCAAGCCUUACGAAACCGACGAGAAUGGAUACAUUAUUACAAAAUCGGGACUUCGCGAGCCCGAAGUGCUGGAGGCGCUGUGUCAGCUGGAGGCGAACGCUGCGCCCGAGCAGUGCGAGCGCCUGCUGCUGGCCACGCACGAGCUGCUCAAGUACGGCGACUGCAGGAAGCCCUGCGAGUACUUCAAGAAUAUAGUGCGAGUGGCGCUGGCGACGCUGUCGAUUGAGGAGAACACUGGAGACAAGGAGAACUCCGAAAACGCGACCAACGUGCAACCGUCUUCAGGGUGGGGCAGCGCCAGCGAGCGGGCGGCGGCCGAGGCGGUGAAGGUGCUGGUGUGGCUGUGCCGGCGCCAGGAGACGCGCGCGCUGUGGCUGGACUACUUCGACCUGAUCCUGCUGAAGCUCAUCAACGCGUACGCGCUCAGCAAGGAGGUCAUGCGCGCCGUGGACGCCGGCAUGCCGCACAUCGCGCACGCGCUGCCCGCGCACCAGGUGCUGGCACUCCUGAAGCCCGUAAUCAGAACGCGUGGUUACCCGACUUCGUUGUGCGCUCUCAAGCUCGCGGCCGAAGUGGCGAAGGCGCGGAGUUCCGAACUCACGGAUGAUAUCGUCUCGCAACUCAUGGAGGGCGUCGGACAGCUGGCCGACCACCAAAACUCUGCAGUGCGCAAAGCGGCCGUGUUUUGUAUGGUGGCUUUUACAUUCGCUUUGGGCGAGGAACGCAUGCAGCCACACCUGAAGCACCUCUCCGUUAGCAAGUAUCGACUACUACAGGUUUACAUCAGCAAGCAGCGCGAAGAACAAGCUCGUAGCGGCGUAGCGUCGUAG